AUGUACUCUCUUAGAAGUGUUGGUAACAAGACUACCGCCAGCGCCUCCAAGCGUUUCCUCUCCUACAAUCCAAAUGCACCGGUUGUGACCGAUGUCCAGUUGGCCAAGGUUCCAAGCAGAAAAAUCAAGUUGGGUAAGGCCAGACCAAAGGUGUACCACCAGUUCGACACCCUCAUCCGAUUAUCGGAUGGGUCUGUCGUCAAGAGAAGAUCGCAGCUUCCAAAGGACCAGUUGACCAUGCUUAACGACCAGAGAAACGCUCUUUUGUGGAACCCAUCCAGAACGGGGUUGACCCAGGUCGACGUGGGUGCUAAGGGUAAGUUAGACAGAUUCAAGGCUAAGUAUGCCCAAUUCAACAACGAAGAUGUCUCUGCCGAAACCUCUGAAGCUGUCGAAACCUCUGAAACUGCUGAAACCUCUGAAACUGCCGCUCCAAAGGCUGACGAAUCUGACGCCUACCUUGAUCUUAUGGGUGUUGGUUUCGUGCCAGUCAAGGGUGGUAUUUUGGCCCACAAGAGAGGUAACAGAAGAUCUGACUCCAAGAAAAAGUAA